GGGGACGCGCGCGGGGCUGCCGCCUCGCCUGCCGUGCCGGGGCUGGGCUGGAGCUGGAGCUGGGCGCGCAGCCUCCUCGCCGCUUUCUCCGCCGCGGAGCUCCGGAGCGCCCAGCCCGCCCGCCGUCCGGCGCUCUCCAGCCCGUUGGGCGCGCCGAGCUCCGGCCUCGGGCGCAUGGAGGCCGGCGGGGAGCGAGAGCCGCGGCUGCCCGGCUCCUCCGCCUGAGGACGCGCGCGGGGAGAGGCGUCGCCGGGCUCGCUCUGGGACCUCCUUUCGCCGGUGAGGUGACUUUGCAGCGAAGGCAACAUGGGCACCACGGAAGCCACGCUGCGGAUGGAAAACGUGGAGGUCAAGGAGGAGUGGCAGGAUGAAGACUUCCCCAGGCCCCUCCCGGAAGAAGCAGGAAUGGAGAACUUGGGAAGCCCAUCGGGGAACGUGUUGGCGCCCCCGAGCUCCUUACAUUUUACUAACGGGGCUCGCCACAAGCGGAAAACCCUGGUAGCUCCGGAAAUCAACAUCUCUUUUGACCAGAGCGAAGGGUCCCUCCUGUCGGACGAUUUUCUGGACACACCGGAUGACCUGGAUAUAAAUGUGGAUGACAUCGAAACUCCGGAUGAGACGGACUCCCUGGAAUUCCUGGGAAAUGGGAACGAACUGGAAUGGGAAGAUGACACUCCCGUGGCCACCGCCAAAAACAUGCCCGGAGACAGUGCAGACCUAUUUGGAGAUGGAGGCGGGGAAGACGGCGGUGCCCCCAACGGCCGUCUGUGGAGGACGGUCAUUAUUGGGGAGCAGGAACACCGCAUCGACCUGCAGAUGAUCAAGCCGUAUAUGAAGGUGGUAACUCAUGGAGGUUAUUACGGGGAAGGCCUCAACGCCAUCAUUGUCUUCGCGGCUUGUAAUUUGCCAGACAGCAAUCUACCUGAGUACCAUUACAUCAUGGAGAACCUCUUCCUGUACGUGAUCAGCAGUUUGGAGCUGCUGGUGGCCGAAGACUACAUGAUUGUGUAUUUGAAUGGCGCCACUCCACGGAGGAGAAUGCCGGGCAUCGGCUGGUUGAAAAAGUGCUACCAGAUGAUUGACAGACGGCUCCGGAAAAACCUGAAAGCGUUGAUAAUCGUUCACCCUUCCUGGUUCAUUCGGACGGUGCUGGCGAUAUCUCGGCCGUUCAUCAGUGUGAAAUUCAUCAGCAAAAUCCAGUACGUUCACACCUUGGAGGAACUGGCUCACACGAUUCCCAUGGAGCACGUCCAGAUCCCCGACUGCAUCUUGCAGUUCGAAGAGGAGCGAAACCAGGCCAGGAAAGAGCGGACAGAAGGAGCGAAACAGGACCCGGCGGAGAGAGAGAGGACUGCCGUUCCUUCAGAAGUUCAGGAAACAAGUAUGUCAUGAAUCAGGAUGGAGAGACAGACGUAGUUGAAGAAAACCCUCCACCUGAUAAGAAACCCCCCAACCACCAUAUACGUUCCUUUCCUGGCCUUCCGAUCUUGUAAACAUCUCGUCUUCUGUCCCAGAAGGAGCAACUUGCCGUUUCUCCAUCGCCAGAGGCAAAGUCAGCUUGUGAGACUCCAUCCCAUCACCACAAAGUUUGCAAACGAAGGAGUCCUUCCAGGAAAGGCACUUGAGCCCUUGAGUUUCCAGAGAGAUUCUGCAUCUAGUCGAGAAAACGGAGAUCUGGACGUUGACACAGCAAGGCUUUUCCUGCAGUUGCUGCAAGUCGGAAACCGGCAUAGCAACGCCAACCUGGAAAGCACAUUUUUCGUGCCAGAUAAUUGUAAAAAGAGAUGUUUGCCUCAUGCAUCGCUCUGUCCCGAACAGCUUAAGGGCCAGUGUUUCUCAACCUUGACAAUUUUAAGGCAUGUGGACUUCAACUCCCAGAAUUCCACAGCCAGCAAUGCUGGCUGUGGAAUUCUGGGAGUUGAAGUCCACGUGCCUUAAAAUUGUCAAGGUUGAGAAACACUGGCUUAAGCCUUCUUCUGCUUUCAGAGAUGGUUUGCCUAGGCCUGUUCCCACAGACACGGAAAGUCGAUCCCUCCUUAACCGUCAAAUUGGGGGGGGCUCCUGCUGAAACCCCCUCCGGCAAAUAAUGUGAAAUAGAACAUUGAUCCAAGCUUUCCUUUCGAAGGAUUCUCUCUCUCUGCAUCCUACAAUUCCCCAGAAAUAAAGAAUGUCCUUCAACCAUCAGCGUCAAAAUGCAAUUAGGGCUUUGAUUGUUUUUACGGCACUGGACAAUCACCCUCUCUCCUUUUGUAUCUGGAUGGGAUAGAAGUUGCAAACACACUAAGAUUUCCUAGAACAAGCAAAAAAAAAAAACAGGAAAGGAUGCAGGCUUUAACCAGCCGAGUCACAACAUGCAAACCUUAAAACAAGAUGCAUGGUUUUUCCUUGAGCUUUCGGUACUGCCUUUCUUUCCAGCACAAUAAACAUGAGGAGGACUAUCCGGUGGGAAUAAAAACAUUGACAAAAGUGAUUUAGUGGGAGAGGCCUGGAAUGAGGAGCUUAGCCAUCAAGUCUGGACUCAGUUUGGGGACACACAGAUCCCUCCCUCCCUUAAAAAUAGGAUCCGAAAAUCUUUUUUCUUACCUACAUCUCUUUGAAUAUUAACAAUUUUGGUCCAGCCUCCACCUGUUGUUCAACACUGCGGGAAAUUGCGGUAGGAUUCUUGGCACAGCUUCUCACCAAAAUGUUAUGCCAAUCCAGGAAGUUACAGAAAGGGAUUUAACUAUAGGCAAAGAAAAGUUAACAGCAGAAGCCAGCUGAAGGAGCAGUUGCAAACAGGAAAGUAUCACCUCUCUUUUAUGAGGAGGCCCUCCUGUGUGUGCUGGUCCAUUCAUGUGCAAUCGUUGAACAUUACAAGAAGAGAGAGAGAGAGAGAAGACUUCACAAUCCACUGUACGCAUUUUCAGAAUUGUUUUUAUCUUUUAACGCCUUGUGAAUAAGCAGCAAAACAACGGUGGGGACAAAUUGGAACUGUUAAAAAGUCGCUUGGAUCAACGGCAAAAGAGCCCAGACCAUUUCUGAAGCUGCUCUGUUUAGCCAGGACUGCAUCAUCCAUCGGAAAAGGACCGUUUUUGGGAGGGGAAUGGCGGAUACAGAGAAAGGGGAUUUCCUCACUGGAGGAAACCCACCUGGUGGGAAAUGCCAGGGAUUAUAAGUUAGGAUUUUGCUUUUUUUCAGGGAGCAACUGGACUUUCUUGUUUUGCCUUGGAAGACGUUUCGCUUCUCAUCCCAGAAGCUUCUUCAGGUUCUGACUGGAUGGUGGGGAAGGGAAGGAUUUAUACU